CGGAAACGUGGCAGCGGACUGGGCGCCGUUGGCACUUCUCGCGAGUGUGUUUGUGUACUCCGGUGGCUCUGCCCGCCGUAUGGAGCGAUCGGCGCCGAGCGAGUGACACACGGGCAGGCAGGGAUCGACGUUUCGCGCGAGUUUCUGAGAGACAGUGAGCGACAAUACUUAAUCGACCGGUCGUCGAACGUCCGACGAGAAAAGACAAUGAAGUGGUACGUCCUACUCGCGGCCCUCGCCGCGUUAUGCGUAGCUGUGCACGCGGAGGAGGAGGAAGAGGCUGCUAGACUAUUAGUCUCUAAACAGAUACUCAAUAAAUACUUGGUAGAAAAUAUGGACAUAGUUAUUAAGUACACUAUUUACAACACCGGCAACGUGGCAGCGUUGGAGGUCGAGAUCACGGACAAUUCGUUCCAUCCGGAUCACUUCACUCACGUGAGCGGCGAGCUGAACGCCAGAAUCGACCGCGUGCCGCCCUACACGAACGUGAGCCACACCGUGGUCGUCAGGCCGCGCAAGUUCGGAUACUUCAACUUCACCUCGGCCGAAGUUCUCUACCGCCGCAAGGAGGAUGCUCCCCGACUACAGGUCGCCGUGAGCAGCGAGCCUGGCGAGGGGCUCAUAGUGGCGUACAGGGACUACGACAAACAAUUUUCAUCUCAUGUGGUCGAUUGGGCCGCGUUCGCCGUGAUGACUCUACCUUCCCUGCUCAUUCCAUUCGCCUUGUGGUACUCGAGUAAAUGUAAAUACGAGAAAUUGCUGAAGACCACGAAAAAGCACUGAUUGUAUAUUACAUCGUUUCCAGGAGUUUCUAGGUCACUUUAUAAAUUUUCCUAUAUCAUUGUAAAAAAUACAACUGUUCCACUACGUACAUCUACUUUUGUAUAAUAAACGUGAUAUUUAUGAAAA